UUUCCGCUAUCAAAGGCGGCGUCAUCUUGCACAACUCGCAACAUUAAUUCCCGAGUUCCCGACAAGAUGAGGACGCCAUUGCGAAUAGCUAUUCUAGAGUGCGAUACGCCACCAGCAGCUAUCGUUGAUGAAUAUGGCAGAUAUGAUCGCAUCUUCACUACGCUGUUGGAGAGGGCAGCCCAGGAACUGGGGUUGUCGCCAAAACAAGAUCUAGCGCUGAGCGCAUUCGAUGUGGUCACAGCACAGCAGUAUCCGGACUUGCAGAACAUAGACGCAGUGUUGAUUUCGGGCUCGAAGCACAAUUCAUUCGAUAAUGACCCAUGGAUCUUGAAGCUGGUCGACUUUACCAAGAAACUACUAGAGCAAGACCGAGUCCGUGUCAUUGGUGUUUGCUUCGGUCACCAGAUCCUCGGAAGGGCUGCAGGUGCGAAAGUCGGACGCAGCGACGACGGAUGGGAGAUUUCGGUGCUGCCAGUACAACUUACCGCGAAGGGCAAAGAGAUCUUCCAACAGGACACCUUGGCGAUUCACCAGAUGCACAAGGAUAUCGUUUUUGAGUAUCCAGAGGGUGUGGAAAAGCUCGGUGGAUCGCCACGCUGUCUGGUACAGGGCAUGUACAAGAAGGGCAAGCUCAUCUCGGUGCAAGGGCAUCCCGAAUUCACGGAGCCGAUUGUGACGUAUCUGGUCAAGAUGAGAGCCGAGCAGGGUAUUUUCGAGGACGAGCAGGCAAAGGAUGCGCUGGAAAGGGUCGGCAAGCACCAUGACGGGGUUGUGAUUGCCAAGGCAUUCCUCGGGUUUUUGAUGGAGGACUGAAGGUGCUGCUAGAUGACUAUCCAUUAUGCAAUGAUGAAGUCGGAGCCCAUGCUCAGGCACGAUAGCGAUUUCUUGAGGUGAAGAAAUCAUUUUUCAGAGGCUGGCGGUUGACCCACUCUUUCCAUAUCGACUCGCACCGUCGGGCGGGGUUAAUGGAUGAUGACCGCGCAGUCCGUUUCUUGGAUCAAUGAUAGGUCAUGCUAUUAUAUACGAAAAUUUUUGUCUCAAUUCCAUCAACAAGUCCGGC